UUCCCUCCCCAUAUUUCCCCUUAAUUCCCGCCGUCGGGCAAUUGAUGGGUGCCGAGUUGAGCACUGAACACCAACAACAAUUAUUCCAAAAACAAUUCAAAAAACAAAUAUUUGACAAAACAUUAAUAACAACAAAAACACCACCAAAACACAACAAAGGAGAAACAAGGAGGAAAACUUCCCCUUUGUUUGUUUUAGAAAAAAAGAAAAACAACAAAAAUUGUAAUAAUCAAAAACUUGAUUUUAUUUUGUUUGCAACAAAAUCUAUGCAUAGGUAA